UUCUUUGCGCCCGGACAGUCGCGCUGUGGAUGGGAUGGAGGCAAUUCGGGCGCAGUGUUUGUCAUUGUGUUAUGGCUUGCGAGAGAUACCCGCAGCAGGACUCCCGGCUCCGGACUCCCAUCUCCCAGCGCCCCCACACCUGGAUGGACCUGAAUGAGGACUGCUGGUCCGGCGGCACAAGGCUGAGUCCCGCAAAUUCUUUCUUCCCCUGUCCGAUCAAACAGAGCCCGGGUGCUUCUCCGCCACCCUCCCCCUGCUCCCAGCUUGGUUCCUCUGAGUGCCUGCAGACUGAGCCCGACAGAAACCAGCAGAGCAUUUCUUCGGAGGGGAGGCCACCUGCCUCCUAUCACCCGCUCAGCCUCUCCCACCCGGAGGAUCUCAUCCUGUUCAGAGACUUGGAUCACAUUAACAAGCUUGUCAUACCCAACCGGGAGCCCCGAUACAGCAGCACCCUGCCUGAAUCGGCAGCUGGGGACAUGUACCAGACACUUACAAUCACAUCAGCGCAAGGACCGCUUAGCUAUGACCCCUCUCCAGGCACUUUCAUGCACUCCGCUGCCAGCUCUCCAGUCUAUGUGCCCACGAGCAGGGUUGGCUCCAUGCUGACAAGCAUCUCCUACUUGCAGGGCACUGGGGCAUCCCAAGGCGCCCAUUCAGUGAACAGUCACUGGUCCCAGGCAACUUCAGAGAGCUCGUCAUUCAACAACAGCAGCCCGCACACCUCCAGCCGCUACCACUACCCCCCCAGCCCUCCCAUGCACAAUGGAUCUACCCGGGAUACAGGCUACAGCAGCAGUCUCACUGUCAGCAGCAGAGACCAGUACACCCCUCUGGCCAGAUCACUUAAUGGAUCCUAUGGAAGCCAUUAUACACCUUACAUGGCCCCCCAGCUCACCUCCGCCUGGCCUGCUGGACCCUUCGACAACACUAUGCUUCACAGCCUGCAAAGCAGAGGAGCGCCAAUCAGUGUCAGAGGGGCCCCUGGAGAUGUGUUGGACGAGCUGCCAGAAAGCCGAGAGUGUGUUAACUGUGGCUCAGUGCAGACCCCCCUGUGGAGAAGAGAUGGCACCGGUCAUUUUUUGUGCAACGCCUGCGGACUGUACAGCAAGAUGAAUGGACUGAGCCGGCCGCUCAUCAAACCACAGAAACGAGUGCCUUCAUCAAGACGAAUUGGACUGGCAUGUGCAAACUGCCACACAUCAACAACAACAUUAUGGCGCAGAAAUACAGAAGGAGAACCCGUAUGCAAUGCCUGCGGCCUGUAUAUGAAACUCCAUGGGGUGCCGCGGCCACUUGCUAUGAAGAAGGAAGGUAUUCAAACCAGAAAGAGAAAGCCAAAAACCCUAAACAAAUCCAAAUCCUCAUCUAGUAAUGGUAACAGCAGUCACCAAAUUUCCAUGACUCCAACUUCAACAACAUCCUCCACGAAUUCUGAUGACUGCAUAAAGAAUGGUUCACCCAGUCAAAACACAACACCUGUAGUGGCUUCAUCGCUGAUGUCUACUCAACAAACUGAGAGUACCAGUCCGAACAGCAACACACUAAAGUACACAGGUCAAGAUGGGCUAUACUCUGCAGUCAGCCUGAGCUCAGCUUCUGAAGUCGCAGCCUCUGUUAGACAGGAUUCAUGGUGCGCUUUGGCCUUGGCUUGACAGACCUUAAUAAAAUAAAGCUGUGCUGGCACAAGCCCUAGCCUUUCUGACUUUUGCACAGUUAAUGCCUUUUGUUUCUCCAAAUCAAACCUAGGCUGGACAGUUCUGGACUUUCCCUUUUUGGUUUUUAGACGAGGUUCUGUGGACAACAUUUAACUGAGGUCCUCAUCUAUGCAAGACGAAUGAGACUGAGAGAAUAAAACUUCCAUAAUACAAACAGAAAAGGGACACCAUACAGCAGACUUUGCCUUAAUAGCUUUAAUUACAUUCAGGAUAUGCCUUAUUCUCCAGCAUGCAUUGUAGUAUGCUGUCCUUUGGAAGGAAAUGUGACCCUCAUACUGUUACUUCCUUUGAAGGUUCCCAGAUGACAUGCUGGCUCUCAACUGCCUAUACAUAGAGCUACAAUCUCAAUCACAAUUUUAACUUUUAACUGUACUCUUCUCUGAAAGUGUCACAUCCAUCUUCGUGGGGUUAGGAUCACAGGUUCAAGUUUCUGUAAAAUGUGUUGCAUUGAAUGCGAUUCUUAUGUGAUGGAGCAAUUCCUUGUUGGCUUCAGUUACUAUAUACUGUUGCUUUGUGCCUUGGCUGAGAGGCCAAAUCCAAAAGAUUUUUGGGAUAUAUCUAUAAGUCCACAGUUUUCAUCAACAGGGGCUGGCUGGUAGAUUUCCAACAGAAGGGGACGCAAAUAUAUGACAUACACACUCCUACCCGAUGGAUUCACAUUAUUUCCAUAUGAGUGCUCUCAGCAAUAUCAGCGAGAAUUAUAAAUUUUUAUUUUUUAACUAGAAAACGAUCCCACCUAAGAUCUUGCACUAACUAGUGGCUCUUUCAAAGCUGGGUGCCAUUUGGGUUUUAAAUCAAGCUCUUCUAGCAUAAAGUUUGUCCACUAUACACCAUCACUGAUUCUGGAACCACACAUUCUAGAUUUAAAGGAAAAAAAACCCUUACUUAUAAAAACACCUACCACCCCAACCCUACAUAGACACCCCUCCCUGCUCCCCCAGCCUAGCUGUUCCCUUCGGUAAAUGCCCCUAACUCUUUACUUACCUCUCUUUGCAGAUUCAGUACAGUGGAGCUCAUAGGCGCCAUCUUCCUCUCUUUGGUUUUCUUCGGGAAAUAAGUGCCGUAUCGAUGCAUGCGCAGUUGGAGCAGUCAUGGGGGUUUUUGACAACUGUGCAUGCGCCGAAAUUGACGGAAAUUGCUGAAGUGCAAGAAGAAGACCUGAAGAUUACCGAAGAGCCGGAAGAUGGCGCCCGUGAGCUCCGCUGCAUUGAAUUUGCAAAGAGAGGUAAGUAGAGCGUUAAGGGCAUUUAAUGAAGGGAACAACUAGGCUGGGGGAGGGAGCAGGGAGGCGAGUUUAUGUAGGGUAGGGGGGUACAGGUUUUUAUAAUUAAGGGUUUGGUUCUCCUUUAUAAACCCCAUAUAUUAUAUUGCCUUUUUUUAUAUCUUAAACCUAUAGAAUAGGUUGCACCAGUAGGUUAGCACUGUGUGAAACACUGGUCAGCCAUUGGAAUCAAAUUUAGGUACCACAAGCCCAGUUAUUUAAAGACUAGUAUUUCCAGUGUUUUGGGCAAAUAAGGAUUACAACCAAAUUCAGUAUUUCAAGAAGUAUUUGACAAUCAAGGACAGAAGAAAAAUAUUGACAUGCGAAUUGCGAUUAUAUGCAUCAUGGCUGCAGUUGCACUUGGGUGAAUCAAAACCUUAAAUAUUGCCACAUCAGGUCUUUGCAACAGCAAGAUAUUGUGAUUAAAUGCAGGCUGUAUUUCUUGCUGCUUACAAUAACAUUAAUAUAGGCCCAUGGGACACAUAUCCAAAACCAGCCAGUCCCUGUGAAUCAAUAAACUAAAUGCUGGAAACUUGCAGAAGUCUGGAAUCAUGAAGUCCACUCAUGUGUCACUCUCUCUGUGGAACAUUGUCUGCUGCGUUAGAUUCACAAUACAUGGCUAUGCCCAGCCCAAAGAAAUACCAGCAAAUAGGCAAAGGUUAUUGGUUAAUGGAGUUGAUACAAUUUGACUGUUAUGUUCAGUCUCACUUUGCAUACAGGGUAGCGAACGAUACUUUUUCUUCCACAUAAACGAUAUUUUUAUAACGAGAAAAAGUGCAAUUUUCAUUGCGGCAAUCAGUGUUAAAUCAUUUACAUACGAUUUAACAACUUUUUGUAAAGAAUGUAUACAUUUUAACUUAAUGGUACUUUUGUUAAUUUAAUAAUAAUGUUAAGAUGGCAUUCUUAGAAAUUACCACUUUGUGACAAGGCAUAUUCCAUAUGUGAUUGCAUCCCCACUCCUUCCAAGAACAAAUAUUCUCAGGAAAAGUGGUUUAAUACAUAAAUCAAGAGACCCACUACCUAUCAUGUUGUCAGCUUUAGAAAGAACACCUUUGAGAAGUUUCCAAAUUCUGUAUAUAGUUAGUGAGACGAAACCCCACUGUUGUGUGACUGACAUUGCUAAGUUGGUUUUACAUUUUAUAAUGGGAUGUUGUUUGGAACGUUGCCAUAACAGAGCUUUAUAAAUAAAAAUGUUAUUGUUUUUA